ACCCUUCAAUUCCAUUCUCUUUGCGUCUGCGACUGCAAAACUGACCUGGUGUCACUCGUUCCAAGUACAUACAUUCUUUACUUCUCAACAAAAGCUUUAUACCCAACUUCUCCAAACCAUCAACAUGCGUUUCACUAUCGCCACCUUCGUCGCUCUGGCUGCCGUCUCCAUGGCCCAAGUAACACCCAACAAUGCCGGCGCUAAGAAUGUCGGUGCCGGCAACGGUGCCCAGUUUAUCACGGGCGGUUGUGUUUCGGAUGCCGACUGCAGCUCCGCUUGCUGCAGUCAAGUCGCAGCUACUGGCGACGGUGUAUGCUCUGCCGAAGCAGCUAGCCAGCAGAACGGAAAGACUGGUUGUGGCUUCACCGACCCCAACGCUGAUGCUGUCAUUGCGGCGGCGAAGGAGCAGGUUGCAAAGCAGGGAUUCAAGAGGGUCGUUCGUAGCGAGUAGAGCGUUGCUUCGCAGUCGAGGUUGUCGAUCCA